GGCGCGCCAAGGCCCAAACUCGUUUGGCUCUCUUCUGCAAGGUGUUCGACGCCGCCAUGCCCGCGCGCCACCGCCGCCUCCGCUCCCUCCUCCCCUGGCUCCGGGCCGCGCCUUCCGCCGGCGCCGCAUUCUCCACGGCGCCCUCCCGAGGCUGCCCGCUCCACGCCGCGCUCGCCCACCGGGGCGCCCCCGCGGCGGCGGCCCUGGCCCUCUACUCCCGCAUCCGCGCAGCGGAGCCGCCCACCCCGUUCACCUUCUCCCUCCUCCUCGCCGCCCUCGCGUCGUCCCCCUCCGCCGGCUGCGAGCGCCUCGCCGCGCGCCUCGCCCACGCGCAGGCGUUCAAGUGCGGUGCGCUCGCGCACCCCGUCGUCACCAACUGCCUCCUCAAGCUCUACUGCUCGCUGGGCCUCCUCGGCCACGCGCGCAGGGUGUUCGACUCCGGUGCCGCGCUGGACGUCGUCUCGUGGAACACGAUGGUGUCUGGGUACGGCAAAGGCGGCGACCUGGUGGCUGCGCGGGAGGUGUUUGGCAGAAUGCCCGAGAGGAACCUGGUGUCUUGGAGCGCCAUGGUGGAUGCGUGCGUGCGCGCCGGGGAGUUUGGAGAGGCUCUAAGGGUGUUCGAUCGGAUGAUGACGGAGAGAUUCAGGCCAGAUGUGGUGGUGCUGGUGAGCGCGCUCAAGGCAUGCGCGCAUCUUGGCGCGGUUGAGAGGGGCCGCUGGGUUCAUGGUUAUUUGGAAACAGAGAGUUUUGGAGGCAGGCCUGCAAAUGUCCUGCUCGAAACGGCGCUUGUGGAUAUGUAUUGCAAAUGUGGGUGCCUGGAGGAGGCAUGGCGAGUCUUCCAUGGAGUUCAACAAGGCGAUGUGGUGUUGUGGAACGCGAUGAUCGGUGGGCUUGCGAUGAAUGGAUAUGGUCAGCGUGCACUUGAAUUGUUCCGGAAGAUGGUUCAUAAGGGUUUCAUGCCAAAUGAAUCGACGUUCAUUGUUGUUUUAUGUGCAUGCACACAUACAGGGCGUGUGGAUGAGGGCAAAGAGAUUUUCGAUUCCAUGCAGAAUUAUGGCAUUAAACCACAAAGGGAGCACUACGGAUGCUUAGCUGAUCUCCUUGGCCGUGCAGGAUGUGUGGAAGAAGCUGAAGCUCUUUUACUGGACAUGCCAAUGGAGCCACAGGCUUCCCAAUGGGGUGCACUCAUGUCAUCAUGCCAAAUGCACAAUGACAUUAAUGUGGGUGAGCGUGUGGGUAAGCGGCUUAUUGAGCUAGAGCCAGAUGAUGGUGGCCGUUAUGUUGUUCUAUUUAACCUGUAUGCUAUCAAUGGUCGAUGGGAAGAAGCAAGAGCCAUUCGGCAGAUGAUGGAGGAAAGGGGAGCCAAGAAAGAAACUGGUUUGAGCUUCAUAGAGUGGAACGGUUUAGUCCAUGAAUUUAUGUCUGGGGAUACAAGACAUCCCCAGACAAGGAAAAUCUAUGCGUUAUUGGAAGAUAUAGAGAGGAGAUUGCAACUGAUUGGUUAUGUCAAGGAUACAAGCCAAGUGAUUAUGGACAUGGAUGAUGAGGAAGAUAAGGGCAUUACCAUAUCCUACCACAGUGAGAGGCUGGCAUUAGCAUUUGGUAUCUUGAAUAUUCCCCAGGGCAUUCCUAUUCGUAUUGUCAAGAACCUCCGAGUGUGCCGUGAUUGUCAUGUGCAUUCCAAGCUUGUCUCCAAGAUAUACCAGCGUGAGAUCAUUGUGCGUGAUCGCCAUCGUUUCCACGUGUUCUGUGAUGGAGUAUGCUCCUGCAAUGACUAUUGGUGACAAAUGUUUAAUAUCAUUGCUCGCCAAAAUAUGACCCCAAUAUUGACCAAGGUGUUUAUGGUUGAUAUAUUAAUAACCAACGUGAGUCUAGAGAGUACACACAAAACCAUAAUAGAAUCUCUGUGCACAUGCUGUUCUUCAAUAUCACCUUUGCCAUGAUAUA